UCGUGUUGAGAAAAACCCACAGAAUCUAGGGUUUUUGUUUUUCUUUUUGGAGGUCAUUUUUGCUCUCUCUCUAUCGAAAACCCGAAGCAUUGCUCCCAAAAGAAUGCCAUUUUUUUGGGUACAUUAAAACUAAGAAAGAUGGCGUUUUGGCGUAGAAUCAAUCAGUCUAAGCUUCAACUUAUAUCGAAUCAAUACAGGAGAUUUUACUUUCAAGCUCCCUUUACUUCCUCUCUUCAUCAAACGAGGAUCCGUGUUUUGGAGAAACCUGUUUGCAGUAUUGAAGAUAAGCCCUCGUAUUUUUACAGCAAUGUUAGAUCUUUUGCUGCCCCAGUUCAGGCUAUUAAGAACAAGAAGGCUGAGGCAGGCAAGGAAAAGCCGCGUUUAAAUAAGCAAAUCACUGCUAGUGUUGUAAGAUUGGUGACGGAAGACGGUCAGCAUUCCGUCGUCUCAAUUCAAGAAGCAUUGCAACAGGCAAGGAAGAAAGGUCUCGAUCUUGUCGAGGUUCAGAAAAUGGUUAACCCGCCUGUUUGUAGGCUGAUGGACUAUAAUAAGGAAAUGUACCGACGACGUCAAAAGGAAAAGGAAAUUGCUAAAAACAAGGCAGGGGAGACAAUAAAGAAAGGAGUGUGCAAAAUUCGAUUCACUGGGAAAAUAGCAGAAAAUGACCUAAAGUUGAAAGCAGAAAAUGUUAUUCGAUUAAUGGAACGAGGUUACCGAGUAAAGUGUAUGGCCAUGGGGCAGGCUAAGGAGCACGAAGUCGAGGAUCUGGGAGGAAUUUUGUCUCGUCUCACUAACUUGAUUGAAGAUGUAUGUGUUGUGGAAAGUGGGCCAAAGGUGGAGAAAACAAAUGCUUAUGUGAUAGUCAAGCAUGUCAAAUUUGGCCCGACAAAGAAAGGUGGUGGAAAAAAAUCAAAGGUCGAAACUUCUACCGAAUCAGCUACUGACAACCAAAGUCCCGUGCUGCCUCAUGAUGAAUCUACUGAAUCUGGCUCAGAGUCUGAAGAUACUAUGCUUUCAGAUGAAGAUGAGCUGCCUAUGUCUUCACCGAUGCAAAUGCGGGAUGAAUCUACUGGAUCAAAUACUUCUCAAUCCUGUCGUCCAGAUACAUCCCCUGAGAUCCACAACAGAUACAAAAGGAGUGAACCGAGGAAUCCGUCCAAUCCUCAAUUCCCGUAUCCACGACGGGAACAACCUAAUAUGGGCCAGAGUACAAGAGAGUCAGUCAGGUCAGAACCCUGGUUCCAAAAUCCACCACGGCAACCACCUCAAAAUAUGGGCCAGGAUACAAGAGAGUCAGUCAGGUCAGAACCCUGGUUCCAUAAUCCACCACGGCAACCACCUCAAAAUAUGGGCCAGAAUACAAGAGAGUCAGUCAGGUCAGAACCCUGGUUCCAAUAUCCACCACGGCAACCACCACAAAAUAUGGGCCAGAAUAUGAGAGAGACAGUUAGGUCAGCACCCCAGUUCCCAUAUCAACGACGGCAACCACCCCAAAACAUGAAUGCUACAUCCUCGGUGCAACACACGAAGCAAGUUGAGAACGAAUCUUCAAAGUCUCCCUCUAAUAACUCGCUGAGCUUUGGGAUAUUUAGCGGUUCGAAAGCAAAUUCAUCUGGCAAGCAAGCACCGGAUGCACCCAUGAGCAACGAGGGAAACAGGUAUGCAUCCUUGCGAAAUCGUGGCAUGAAUGGAAAUGGAGCAAAUCAGAAUACUCGUGGCUCACAAUUUGAUGGUGACCGAAAGCCGGACAGCAAUAUGGCUGGACAAGACAGGUACAGUAGUACUUCAAAUAGAAAGCCAUAGUCAAACUAAGCUUGUAGGAGAUAAUGCCAUACCAUUUUUGUUGUUGUUGCCUCAAAUAGCAAAUGGCAAAUGCAGUUUUGCUGGAGAAAAGAGAAGAUCUUAUUUAUUUAUUAUUAUUAUUAUUAGAGAAAUUGAUGUUUUAUUGUAUCAGCAUUGAUAUGCAUAUGCAUCUCACCAUUGUAUUUGGAUGAUAUGGUGAAUUUGAGAAGAAAAUACGUUUCUUUUGUUACUUGUUCUGUGAUAAUAAGAGGAAACAAACAAUUUGGAGUA